UGCGUGCCGCCAUUUCACCCGGCGUAACACACACGCAGUAAUUACAGAUCUUCAGCAGCGGGAACACUUCAACAAACAAGACAAAGACACAGCUGAGGGACGGCCCUCGUUAUUUUUUCGACGUUAAACUUGUUUUUAUCUUUCUCUAGAUCGAGUCAGACGACUGGUUUAGAGCAAUUUGAUUUAAAAAUUAAGAAAACGACGACCAACUGAAAGCAAAAUGUCGACGCCAGAGGCUGCGCCAGAGAAACAAGGCCAAGGAAAUGCAGUGACCAACGGCAAGUCCAACCAAGAGAGCAGGAAGGAGAGACCUUCAAAACGUGGCGGUGGUGGACGGUUCGAGCCCUACGGAAACCCCAACAAGAGAUACCGUGUGUUUGUCAGCAACAUUCCCUAUGACGUUAAAUGGCAAACACUGAAAGAUCUCAUGAAGGAAAAAGUGGGUGAGGUAACGUACGUGGAACACUUAAUGGACGCAGAAGGCAAAUCAAGGGUAAGUGCAAAGAGACGAACCUCCAUUUGUCCGCUUGAGUUUUUACAUUUACUCUGCAUAUAAUGUGGGAUAUUCAGGACUGGGUUGAAAGUUCAAAAUGUGUCGUCUUGGGUGGCUUUCGAACUAAAAUGGACGCCGACUGUGGUUCUGAGUCCCAGCUAUAUAGUAAUUCUGGUUUUUGAGGGUUCAGUCCCUUAAAGGUAGCAUUUGAGCUGCUUUUCCCAAGCAUAGUGAGUGGUGUUCAGUAACUAAACCAGGAUAACAUGGCAUCAAUGAUUUGUUGAAGUGAUAGUUUCACAUGUACUAGUGGGACAAUGGCAAUGGAACAAUAGAAUUUGAUUGCAUAAUUGGAACUGAAGGCUGGUUUGUGCAUUCUGAUCAAUUAACCAUGUUCAGCCGUUUGAGUCAAACUCGGAUUGAACUUUAAGAGAUGUAAUUGUAUUGCAGUAAGAGAACACCACAGAGAAUUGUUUUAAUGUAUAUUGAGUAUUCUGUGUUUAUAUGUCCCACAAUGAUUUGUGGAUUUUGUCUAAUUGUCUUUUGUUUCCGUUUUGUACUUUUGUUCUGGCUGGACGUCUGAAUGAUCAAAGGGUUGCGCGGUGGUUGAGUUCAGAACUGAAGAACUAAUGAAAAAAGCUGUAGAGAAAGUCAACAAACAUGUUAUGAAUGGACGCCCUCUAAAGGUUAAGGAGGAUCCAGAUGGUGUAAUUGCCCAGCGUGAAGCUCAUCGGGCCCAGGGAGGAGGUGGUGGUGGACCCCCAGGCAUGGGUGGUGGAAUGGGUGGUGGAAUGGGAGGUGGCAUGGGUGGAGGUAUGGGUGGAGGCAUGGGUAUGGGUCCAGGGCCUGGUGGUCCUCAAAUGGUUAGCAUUCCUCCUAGCCUCAUGAACAACCCCAACAUCCCAAAUGAAAUCAUCCAUGGGCUCCAGGCUGGAAAAAUCGGAAGCACUGUUUUUGUGGCAAAUCUGGAUUACAAAGUUGGAUGGAAGAAGCUGAAGGAAGUGUUUGGAAUGGCUGGAGUGGUGGUGCGUGCUGAUAUUCUGGAGGAUAAGGAUGGGAAAAGCAGAGGCAUGGGGACAGUCACAUUUGAGAUGCCCAUUGAAGCUGUUCAAGCAGUCUCCAUGUUGAAUGGACAGCUCCUCUUCAACAGGGUCAUGCAUGUCAAACUGGAUGAGAAAUCUUUACCCAAAGGUGACUUUGCACCUCCAGAGCGCCCAUCAGCGCUUCCUCGUGGUCUGAGCGGCAUCGGUCUUGGUCUGGGACCCGGUGGUCAGCCCAUUGAUGCAACCCAACUCAACCGAGGCGGAAUGGGCAACAUGGGACCAGGAGGGAUGGAUAACUUUGGAGGUGGAAUGAACAACAUGGAUCGCUUCGGACCCUCUGGAAUGGGGAGAAUGAAUGAUAUGGAUCGUGGUAUUGGUGGUGCCUUUGAUAGAGAAUUUGGUGGCCGUAAUGACAUGGGAAUAUCCCGCAACAACUUCGGAGACUCAUUUGACAGAGGAAUGGGAAAUUCAAUGGGAAUGGAUCGCAUGACUGCUGGCAUAGACCGGCUCGGCGGUGGCAUGGAUCGCAUGGCAGGUCUAGACCGAAUGGGAAUGGAUCGCAUGGAUCGUGUGUCUGAUCUGGAUCGACUGGGCUCUGGUUUCGACCGAAUGGGAACUGGUCUUGACCGGCUGGCCCCCAGUAUGGAUCGUCUGGGUUCAGGCCUCGACCGCAUGGGUUCCAGUGUGGACCGCCUCGGCCCUGCUGGGUUUGAUCGCUUGGGUCCGUCCAGCUUGGACCGUAUGAGUGGUGGAAUGGACUUUGCCUCGCCUAUGGGAAUGGACAGGAUGAAUGCUGGCCUGGAUCGGAUGGGUUCCAAUUUUGACCGCAUGGGCUCUGCAGGCAUGGACCGCUUCCCCACUUCAGGCCUUGACCGCAUGGGUUCCAGCCUAGAUCGUAUGGGCUCUGGUGGCGUGGGUGGCCAGUUUGACAGACCUGCAGAUAUGGAUCGUGGAAACUUUGGCACCCCUUUCGGUGGUUCUGGACAAGGAGGGCCAGGGGGCAUUGGAGCCAAUGCCAGGAAGGGUUGCCAGAUCUUUGUCAGAAAUCUGCCCUUUGACUUCACCUGGAAAAGUUUGAAGGACACCUUCAACUCAUGUGGGAUUGUGCAGUAUGCAGACAUAAAGAUGGAUAACGGAAAAUCCAAGGGAUGUGGUGUGGUGCGCUUUGAUAACCCUGAGACUGCUGAGAGAGCCUGCCGUACCAUGAAUGGCUACCGGCUCAACGGGCGAGAGAUUGACGUCAGGAUUGACAGAAAUGCAUAAUCUUUUGCCUUCCAGAUCUGAUUCUCUCCAUCCCCCUCACUGUGCUUUCCAGUUUAUUCGUCAGUUACGUAUUUGUAUAGGUGCAGAACUGUGCACUUUUUAGUUUUUGCUUAUGACUUUUAGUGACCAAGUUUUUUUUUUCCUCCCAUAUCCCUACCACUUUUUAUUGUAAUGCUUUUCAAGAAAUUGCCUUUGUUAAAGGUUUGGUAAUAAAUCUCAACGAGAACCCAAA